GCUCGACCAUUGCUCUGUCGCCGAUGACGUUCUCGCGAAUCAGCCGGCGCGUCGAUAAGGAACUCGAGCCGCCCACCCACCACCACCGUCAGCUUCCCGCGUGUUAAUGUUAAUUGCCUUCGCUAUUGUUACUUUUAAUAUUGUCGUUAUUAAGCGUCGCUCGUUUUUCUCGCUUGCCCAAAUAAUACAUUCAGUCAACGUUAAUACAGAAAAAACAACAACAGCGGCUUUAUCUCGCUGCGGGCCGGAGUGGGUCUUUUAAAAAAUGGCAUGUGCUGCCACUGCUUCCUGGAGCGAGGACUUUCCGGCAUGGCUGGAGGCGCAGGGUGUGAACCCGGAGGUGGCCCAGGCCAUGGACUCGGAGCUGGGAAUCCGGGACUAUGGGGUCCUGCGCGCCUGCGUCGGGGACGGCCUCGUGCGGGCUGAGUUGUUGGCCACGGCACGCGACCGCCUGCCCUUCGGCUUCUACGCCGUGCUGCGGCAGGUGGUGAAGGCCCUUCAGGGCGCCGAGCACCACGACGGCGAGACGACGGCGCAAUCCGAAACAGCUGCUCUACGCAUGGACCUGGUUCUAAGCAGCUUGGUGGAUGUGCUGGUCACGCUCUUUGGUGGCCUUAGCCGGGAGCUGUCAAUGUCUAUGGAGAAGCUGGGCUCCAUGGACGUCGCAUAUGUGGGGGGUUUGUCUACGCCGAGCAGCAGCGGAGGCACAAAGUACAGACCGCCUGAGGGUGAUCAUCUCGCGGCAAAGCUGCCCAAUGAUUAUUCAAACCACAAUGACACAUCCGAGUUCACAAACGCCGAGGACGAACCGCCGUCGGCAGUCGAGGAGUUUGAGGAGCGCGACUUUAACGGGGAAUCCGGUGGGUGCGAGGUCAUGGCGUUGCCGGUGAUUUUUCUUUCAGCCGAAGCAGGAGAGGUGCCGGAGGCAUCAACGGGCGGCGUGGCUACAGGAAUUGGGUCGGUGGAGACGGGGGUCAGCGACCAGCGCUCGUGGUACGGGGUGAAGAUGGAGGCAUGCGAAGAUGAGCGAAGUACGUCGGCGGCGUCGGCGGCGGUGGAGUCGACGGCGCAUCUGCCGUCUCGACGGGGUGCGGAGGGUGGCAGCCGGCAUCUGUCGUGGGGGGAGCCGGGGAAUCGGAUGGACGCCGCGCCCCUCAACGCCCCCGCAGAAUCGGUCGGCGGCAAGGGUGGGGGCUUUGGCCUGGCUAGGGGUGAAGCAUCAUCGCUGGAGUUUGCGCCGGGAGGAGACGAGGGCAACCACCCCAGCUGGCAGGGGCCGGGAGACCCAGUGGCAGUGGCAACGACCAGCACGCAGCACACAGACAAAACCUUUGAGCGUAACUCAAGCUUCUUCAUUCAAGAUGUGACGUCCCUGCAGGGUGGCUCGGAACGGCACGCCAUGGCCCGCGGUCUCGCCGCCGCCGCUACCGCCGCCGCCUUGGAAAAUACGUGCCGUCAGUGCGGGCGCAAGUUCGUCAGUGCGGCGCUGCUGGCGGCUCACAUAAGCGCGCACGCGAGCGAGAAGCCGUUCCCCUGCUACGUGUGUGGCCGCACUUUCGCGUUCAAGGCACACCUGAGGGCCCAUCAGAUGAUGCACACGGGCGAGAAGCGCUACCGCUGCACCGAGUGCGACCGCGUUUACAAGCACUACAACAGCCUCAAGUAUCACCGGCAGACGCGGCACACGGGCAUGGCGCUGUCGCUACCGCCGCUGCCACCACAAAAACACCAGAAGCAGCAGCAGCAGCAGAAGCAGCAGCAGCACGCUAUGCCACGCUGAGACUAGCCUGGCGCGAAGGAGCCGCACGCCACCAGCCGUUCCGAUCCCUAGCGCCGGAACAGACGCACGGCAGCCCCCAGACGGGUCGCCGGCUGUGGGGGGGCAGCUUUUACGUUGAAGGGUUUUUUGAAUGAAGAAUUUGCGAGGACUUUGACGCUCAAUCUGUUAAGAACUUUUGACGGAAUUUACUAAGUUAGGGAAGUGUGGGUGGGGUCCACAGCUAAGCGAUACGUUGUGCAACGCCUCUCGAAAUUAGGCAACUUCAUUGCCCGCGGCUGCUUCUUUGCGCAGUGGUGUCAGGCGUGGCUAUUUGCAGAUUUGCGCUUCCCACCACGUGGAAGACUUUACUUAGUUUAAUUUAAAUUUCCACGAUGUACGUGUAUAAUGUUUAUAUCGAACUUUGUAAGUACAACAGGUCGGUCGCCGCGGAGAAUUUGUUGACUCACUCGAGCGAGUGUUGUGACACCUUGACCCAUGACUGCAGUUAUCUUGAUGCUAAUCACGGAAGACAUACGGGUUGCGCACGGAAGAGGCGGUCCGCGACAUUCUGCAGCUUACAUUCCUCACAGGGUGCGACCCGCACCCCAUCAUCUGCCAUCAGAAGAAGUUCUCUCUUCAUAAAUGUUGGUCUCGGCUUUCACGUGAGCAGGAUCGAACAGCUUGCCGUCGCACCUCGUGUGUGCACAAACAGACGGCCCUCUGCGCUCCUGUUAUGAAACGCGCGGAUCGGGAGGACCGAGAAGUUGCCGAAAGGCGUUGGGUGCAAGAAACGAGACCCCUGCCGAAAAUGUUUAUCUCGAAACUGUCGGAUGUGGAUCCAUUAAAUUGCAAGCGCUGUGCCAAGUUUUAGUGAAAGGGCCGGAAUCAGGCUGAGAAGUUUUUGGGGGGUGAGGAGGAGGGGGGGGCACCCAUUCUUUUCUAGAAUCUUGUAGAAGCCUGAUCUGCUGACCCCUGGUAAAAGAUUUGCUGCUCGGCAAGGUAGAGGUGGCUUAGCCUGCUUCUCCGCAUUUCUGUUUUCCUCGGGGGAGUGAGAAGAUCAUAUCCGUUGUUGAGCGGCACGUUUUGCUUCGUAUGGUUUCAAAAGAAGUCUGACAUACAUACGUGCAUCCCAUUGUGCCUUCGGGGUAAGCAACCGCUGAAGUCUCCGGAGCAGCACUCUGACAAAAGAAAAAAAAAAUGCCGAAGAGGGAAAUUCCACGGUAGUUGUUGCAGUCUCCACGUAUCAGUCGUUGUUCUUGUGCGGAGUGAUGUUUGUAUCGCUCCCAUCUCGGCGGACUGCUCCCCUCCACCAACAAUAGUAACAAGAGGACGUAAAUGAGGUUAUACAGGAGGUCAUACAGAUGUUGUAUAAGACUGGUUUCCCCACUGCUUGGCAACUCAGCUGGGGGAGAUGCCGUCCUUUCUCGGUGCUUCCCUACUCGCCAAGGCUGCCUGUGGCCUGGCUCAGCUACCCGAUUGUUGCCGGCCUCGUCAAGCUCGUCCGUGGCCUCGUUAAGUCCCCAGCAUCGUUAGCAGUCGCUCCCGUAUGAGAGAUGUAUCAGCUUCUCGAGGUUACAGCUCGAGGUAACGCUCGACUUGACGGCUUUCCCAUUCUGAUGUGCGUACGUACGUGUAAGCCAUUGGUUUUACGUCCGAUUCCGUUCCAAUCAUGUGUACGUGCAUGUACGUGUCAUCGGAACGGAAGCGUAAGUGAAGGCAUGGCGGGAGGGGCGUGUGGCGCAGUUUGGCGCCGGCUGUCGUAGAGAGUCCGGUGGUCGUGUCGCUACGGUUUUCAUUGUAGCAGCGCUACUACUACACCACCUCUCUAGAUCCAAUUAACUCUGAGUCACUCGUGCCGUUUCGAGAUUCAGCGGUGAACGAGGACCACCCACACCCCGCAACUUGCGGACGUCCCGGAACGGAAACAGAGUUCAGCGUUGUGCCAUCUGCCGUUUUCUCUCUGUGAUCGUCUUGCCAUCUCCACGCCCUUUAGAGAGACCAGCAUUCUUGACAGCAUGGGGAGGCCGACGGCCUUCACGAUCUCCUCGUAAAUGGCGAGGAAGAUUACCACCGUCGGAUGCGGUUUGGAUUUCUUGGCACAAGUCGCUCCCGUAACUAAUUUGCAUGUCAUAUGGCUUCCUUUAACACUGUACGUCCUUGCUGAACUGAGCUCCUUGAGGGUUUCUUGUGUUGGACUGGCAUUGUACUUGAGGUGGGUUUUUUUGCUUGUUUCACCAGGCGAAGGAGACGAUAUUGGGGGCUCCGCGGUGGCUAGAUGUUCUCUCCCUCGCCUGGUAUACAGGAGCUCCUGGGUUCGAUCCCCGACCCUGAUGUCUGCUGUAUAUUUGGAGUUUGUGGUGUAUCUCUUCCCCUUGGUCGCGUGGAUUUUUCUCCGUUUUUUUCCUUCACAUUUAGAAACGACACGCGUUGAAGAGUAUUUGGCUACUGCUAUAAAUAUCCACAUGAUAAGCCACUUCGUUGAGCUAUCAUUUGUGAAUGCCAGGUCGCUUAUUAAAAAAAUACCUGUAUAGCUCAGUGGACCUUACCUGGUGAAAUAAAAAGUUUAGUUUAGCUUCAAUGACGAGCACCAUUCUUGCUCAUGGGCCUUGGACCAGUCCAUACUGAAAGUCCUUUUGUGGCUGCAAGUUAGCUGCAGCUGGCUCAUAGAUGACCGUGUGUAAUAUAUGACCAUGAUUAUUUGAAAUACACUUUGUUUAUAUUCUACACACACACAUACGAAAACAAGGGCUUUAAAAAUUUAGACUUUUUAAUUUAAUUCUACAUAACUUUGCCGAAAACCAAAGAAUAUGUGCUUUUUAAAUUUUUAUUUUGUCCGUUAAUGAACUUACCUGGUCUGGCAAACAAGGGGUUCAGCUAGCCCGGGUUUUAUUGUUCGAGUUGGCACGCAAUGAAGUUGUGCAAUUGAUUGCUCAGGUGUGGACCCCGUCUGCCCUUCAGGCAAAGUCCAGAGUGAGUUUGUGUUCUUUUCCUACGCUAUAGCCACCAUUCUUAAUGUGGGUCACAUCCAAAGUGCCCUGUGGUUAUGCAAUCGGGACAAACCCAUUUUUUUAUUUUACAAGGUGAGGCUCCCUGAGCGAUAUAGCUCUUUGUUUCAGAAGCGAACUGGCUAUCACAAGUUAUAGGAGUGCAAAGUCUAGGAAAGGUAAACAAAUCACUUAAAAAUAUAUCUAUAGCAAUAAAACGAAACUAUUUUUUUUAUUCUUACCAGGUGAAGCCCCACUGAGCGAUUAACUUGUUUUUCAAAAGCGACCUGGCUACAAUGAUGGCUCAACAAAGUGGCUUAUCACGUGGAAAUUUAUGCAAACUCCAAAUAUACAGGCGCCAGGGUCGGGAUCGAACUCACGACCUCCUGUAUACCAGGCGAGGUAUUUAACAGGAGACAUCUCGCUCGCCUGAUAUGCAGGAGGGACGUGGGUUCGAUCCCAGACCCUGUCGAUGCCUGUUGUAGGUUUUGAGUUUUCGUGUUCUCUCUCUUCCCCUGGUGAUCACGUGGAUUGUUCUCUGGGUUCGUCCAGUUUUGCCCUCCACAUUUAGAAACGUGCGUUUAGAUUUCUUGGCCACGACUAUAAAUUCCCACAUGUAAUGAUGUCACUUUGAUGAGUUACCAUGCUUGGCCAGAGUCGCCUUUGAACAAGAGCUAAUAGCUCACUGGCUUUACCCGAUAAAUAAAAUAAUUUUUGGAGGAAGAUUGCUUCACUGUAAAUACAGUACUUCCUGGAUGCGAGCAUGUGGGUUCAGGACCUUUAUUCCUCGCUUCAUUCUUCGUCAUUCCACUUGUAACUUGAGAGCCAACAGUACCACGAGGCUGGGCCCCUUUGUACACGACAGCCAUUUGGGGCGUCACGGUUGCGAGAUGUUAUCUCCCUCUAGCUUGGUAUGCAGGAGACAUGUAUUCGAUCCCAACCCUGGCGCCUGUAUAUUUGGAGUUUGCAUGUUCUCGUGCUUAUGUGGAUUGCUCUCCGGGUCCUCGGGUUUUUCCCUCCACAUUUAUAAUCAACGUGCAUUUUAAGCUAUUUGGCUACUUUGAUCAAUUUCCACAUGAUAAACUACUUUGUUGAGCUAUCAUUUGUGGCCAGGUCGCUUCUGAAAAAGAGCUAUAUAGAUGUGUGUCUUACCUGGUAAAUAAACAAUAAUAGUAGUCGUGGUAGAUGUUCAACAUUUUGCUCCAUGUCCCGGGACCUUCUUUAGGAAUUUUGAUCUGCAAAAACCUACGUAGUGCUAGUCUGGCAUUUUGAAGCGGUGGAUUAUUACCCUGGAGUUUUUGAGUUAUUGCCUAAUACUCGUACUACUGCUUAGUACUCGGGUGACAAAGUGGAAUGACGAAGAUCUUUAAUUCGAUCUUGAUUUGAAGCUUUCGUGACUGCAGGAAUCCAUACUCUUUGGUUAUUUCGGUAAAGUCACGUAGUUAUAUUUUAUUUUAUACCUACGUGACUUUACCGAAAGAUCCAAAGAGUAUCUUUAAUUCGAUAGCGGUACGAUGAUUUUCAACGAUGCAAUAGCUUUCACGAUCAUACUUCUCGUGCCAGGAAUGCAAUACAGUUUGUUCUCCUAUAAUGCGGUCCGAGUAGUUGCGUUCCCGAAGAACAUCGCAGUCCGCGAUAACGCGUGAGAUGCGUAACGCAAGGCUGAACAGAGACUGAGGCACGUGGUGGGUAGCAUCUGGAAGCAUCCAGCAACAUCCCGCAUUGUGCGACACUACGGGUGGGGCAGCCGUUACAGACGCUAAUUCCUACUCUCGCGACGUUAGUUCCGUUGGCUCGAUCGCGUCUUGUCCAGUUCGCAUCCGCGUUAUAAAAAAAAAAUGCGUUCCCCAAUACAUUAAUUGUGCUCUCUAUUCAACUGGCUUGAUGAAAAUAACACAUGGGGUUGAAGGACAAUCCGUACUUGGGUUUGUGUGUAGAAUGCGUUGCCGAGACUAGCCCCCGUACAUCCUUGUGCUGUACUUUUAUCUCGGUGUUCCAGCAUCUGUGUUGCGUAGAUCCGUCCGCUAUGUGAACUGCGCGUCAGAUGCACAAGCCAGUGCCGCAAGCAAAUGAAUAAUAAUAAUUUGUUCGAAGGUAGAAGCAAGUGAGAGCCACCGAGACAAGUGUGUCUUUUGCUAUGGAGACUCGGGAUUUGUUCAUGCGAUACGUACAUCCAAUGUUAUUUUAAUACGUUAAAUGUUUUUUGCAUGAUUUCUUCAUCCAGAAAAGCUUUGCUGAGUCUGUAGACCAAUUUCCAGGGGAUUAUUGCAGAGGAUGGUGCAAGAAAAUCCGUAGAUUGUACCGUGCUACGCAACGUAAACUACGCUGCCUGCCUUCAAUAAUCAAAAGUGUGGCAAUUUAAACCCCAUGACCCCGCAAGGCACGUUGGGGCAUAUUGUGGAUUACACAGGGCCACCUUUGAUUACGGUCCAAUAGGUCUCUCUCCAACAAAGAGAAGCGGAGCUCAGGUGGUCUGAGGUGGUUAAACAAAGAUAUGGAAUCUACCUCCGCUCCAAUGAAGCUACGAAGCUUUUUCGUUAUCUCUCUGCUUCGCCGUAAAAAAAAAGACGAAAAAAAGUUUGUUGUUGGUCAACUGUUCGCGAAUAACUGGGGGCAUUAAUUGACCGACGUUGCAGCGGCCGUUGUAAUGACGUUGGAAACUGCUGAAAAUAAAGUUGUGAUAAAAAAAGAGACUCGCUUCAUGAAUGGAAAUCGUGACCUCCCCCCAAUACCAUUCAUUGCCAUCACAUGAGGAGCGACUUGCUGCAACCGGAUGAGUGUAACAGUCCAUUGAAUGUUUUUGUAAGCUUUGCAAUUGUACCAUGAUCAGGUAUAAAGACACUGAAUCUCAUGGCACAUUAUUGAAUGACAAACAAAAACUGCACUUUAACAAUGUGAACACGACACACAACCAAGUAAGAAAAAUCACGCUUACACAAAUUAACUCUGUAUUGCUUUCCAACAAGAGCAGUGUUCUUCAUUUAAAGGCCCGCGGGUCACUGGCGGCCCCGGUGGCAUUUAGUGCGUUCCCUGACGUGCGGCCCCCCGACAAUUGGUGUGGCGGCCCUCGCACUGAUUGAUGUCUUAUCGGCGAAAGUUCCCCUCCCCCCCCUCCUGUCUGAAAAUUAGUGAAGGACACUGAAUUAGAGAGAGGUAGCAAUGGUCGUUUCCAUGCCAGGUGCACAGAGCGGUAAUAUCUGUCGGCUACGAUGGGACAACGGAGUUCGGAUAGCAGCUCUACUGGGGGAUGGCAUGGGCAACCCUUGGAUUCAUUUGGCCGGUUUUCACAGUGGAAGUUCACAAUAUGGUGCCACGGUGGCGAGAUGUUAACUACCUCGCCUGUUAUACAGGAGGUCGUGGGUUCGAUCCCGACCCUGACAAUGCCUGCUGUAGUAUAUUUGGAGUUUGCAUGUUCUCCCCAUGGUCGCGUGGAUUUUUCUCCGUGUCCUUAGGUUUUUCCCUGCACUUUUAGAAACAACAUGCGUUAGAGUAUUUGGCUGCUAUAAAUGACCACGUGAUAAGCCACGUCGUUGAGCUAUCAUUUGUGGCCAAGUCGCUGCAGAAAAAGAACUAUAUAGCUCUGGGUUUUACCUGCUAGUUUUAUUUUAUCAACACAGCCUAACACUAAAUGCAUUAACCCUUUCAACCUGAGUUAGAAACCAUUUAACAAAACCACCAUUAAGUGUGAAUUAUUCUGUAAAAGCCAGUGCUAAAAAAAUGAGUCUUAGAAUUUGUAUCAACGAUAGGGUGGAUUUGUAAAGACAUGGCCGGUGGGUCUCCCCGUGGUCGCGUGGAUUUUUUCUCCGGGUCUUCCGUUUUUUCCCUCCACAUUCAGAAAUGUGCGUUUAAAUUAUUUAGAUAAUUUUGCUGGUAUACAUUUCCACAUGAUAAGCCGCCACUCCGUUGAACUAUCAUUUGUAGCCAGGUCGCUUCUGAAAAAUAAGCCAAUUCCUCAGUGGGCUUUACCUGGUAAGAUAUAAAUAGUUUAGUUAAAUUAGUAUUUUUUAAAAGUUAUUUGUUUAUCUUUCCUAUACUUUGCACUCCUUUUGUGUUGUUGUAUUGUUUGUUGUUGUAAUAUUCUGACCUCGUGCCCCCCUACAGGACCUCCAGUGAAAAAGAGACUUCACGGCUCAUCGGAUUCAUCCAGUGUAAAUAUUUCGAUUCUGAAUCGGUCACCGUUGUUUUCUUUCUCCCCCCCCCGACCA